UCUAGCGAACGAGCUCCCGAGCAUCCAAGUUAAAUGAGCUUGGGCGCACAAGACGCGGAGCUGAGGGAACCUGUCGGACUUUUAAGGUUUUGUCUAUACUGAAAGGAGACGAUGGCCAAGAUGAGGACACAUAUGCCACACGCAUUUUCGUAUAUGAGGACAAUCCAUUGCUUUUAUUCAGAUUAAUUUAAUUUCAGAAAGAUUAUUUGACAUCUUGCACUGAUUUCCCGCGGUCUGGACGCACGGCCAAGGGAAGUGACCAGAGAGAAUGGAGCAGGUGCCCAGUCCGGAACCUAGUGGCGCAAAGCAACCCAAAGCCAGGCAUCAUGAACCCAUUCGCUUCGGGAUUGACCAGAUCCUCGGUGGCUCAGAUCCAGAGAGCGGUCGGUCGAACAGUGAUCAGAGCGGGUCAGAGAGUGGCUUGGACAGCUACCGCCUCAGCAGUCCCACUGGAACAUGCACUGCUCCUUAUACGGCGUUAUCUGUCUCUCUGUCAGGGUUUACGGGUCCGUUAGAUGACUUAAAUAUCUAUGGAAUGAACAGAACUCUAAUGCCCAGGGGGGUGAUUCGAGUUCCGGCUCAUAGACCUCUCACAGCGGCGGUUCCGCCACCCAUGACCAGCACAGUGCCGAAUAUCGGAAGUUUGUGCUUUCCGUGGAUGGAAAACAACCGUAGGUUUGCCAAGGAUAGAUUACCAGCACUCAUACCUUUUACGGUCACUCGACGCAUCGGCCAUCCAUACCAGAAUCGUACACCACCUAAGAGGAAAAAACCGCGGACGUCUUUCUCUCGUGUCCAAAUAUGCGAGCUGGAGAAGAGGUUUCACCGACAGAAGUAUCUAGCCAGUGCCGAGAGAGCGUGUCUAGCCAAGAGCUUAAAGAUGACGGACGCGCAAGUUAAAACUUGGUUUCAGAACCGCCGAACAAAAUGGAGGAGACAGACGGCUGAGGAGAGGGAAGCGGAGCGUCAGCAGGCCAAUCGGAUGCUGCUCCAGCUGCAGGCUGACGCCCUCCAAAAGUCCCUGGGCGAAUCGGCAUCAAGCGAUCCGCUGUGCUUGCACAACUCCUCCCUGUACGCCCUGCAGAACCUGCAGCCCUGGGCACAGGAGGCCGCGGCCAAACUAGUGGGAGGACACAGUGCGGCCCCUGCACUGGCCUGAGAACAGUCAGAGAGGAGUCGGUGUUGAGUGGAGAGGAUUAGAGGUACUGAGGUGUCAGGCCUUUGCUGAGGACAAAAUCAUUAUGUUGCCCGCAAACACCCAUAACUAGGGCUUGAAGUUGCCGGAGCUGAUCCUGGUCACGUGGGCCCAUUUCAACUAUUGGUUGGUGAAUGCCGUCCACCACUUUUUCAUGUUGCUGUGUUUACUGGCAAAUUUUGAUGACAUAUGAUAGAAUAUUCACGUUUUUGUAUAUCAAAAAAUAUGUGUAACUAAACAUUUAAAUGAUGGAUUGAAGACUCCAUUACAGAGGUGUUGCAAUUCACUGGACUGUUGAUAUUUUGAAGAAAAAAAAAAACAUUUUUUGAACAGUGCUUAAGAUAUAAGGAACUAUGUUCAUUCGUAAGUCGUGUAUCAGUUUCAGAGAAACAUUCAUCCCUGAACACCCUUAACAUUUUCUUAAAAAUAUAUUUGGAUUGUGGAUGUUUCUUUGUCAAUAAUGAGCUAAUGUACAAGUACUUGUAAUUUACAUUUGAUAUUUGUAAAUAAUAUUCACAGCGGUAGUUGUGGCCAUUUAUCUGUUACUCAAGUUGCUGUGUCUUCAUUGCACUGAAAAGACAUUGCAAGCUGUGUGUAAGAAAGACCAAAAUCACACUAUUCUUUGCAAAGUUUAUUGUUAAAUAUUAUUUCAUACAACAUUUGAACAAGUCUUAUUUUGUCUGUCUGUCUGCUUGCCUGUCUGUACUAUACGUCUGUGUAGAUCUUCCUCAAAGAGGCUGUCCUGAUGUCCUCUGGAAAUUAACUAAUCAAGGCUAAAUUAACUUACAUCUUAAGUCAUUGCAACUGAAAUUCACGUCAUUUAAAACAUUUACAGUUUUUUUUAAUAAGACCAGUUCACACUCACUGCCUUGGUCAGCUAAAUAAGUGCUACUAUAAACUGAUGAAAAUAUAUAAAAAGUAGAUAAUUUAUUUCAAGUUAGCCAUAUAGUCCUUAUAUUUGCCUGCUUUAAUUAUUGAGAUUUAUUUAAUUAUUUUAAAAUAGUAAUUUAUGGAGGAAUACGUUUCCCUUUAUUUGACUGAAUUGAAUGGCUUAUCUCCUCUAAGUCUGUCCUGAGCUCUCUGACUUCCUCUUCUCUCAAUCUC